AUGGCGAGGAAGCUCCGUGUAUUGGAAGUCCUUCUGAUCAUCUUCUGCAUAAUUGUGGUGGCCAUAGACAUCCUCUUGCUGCUUCUUGUGUUGGAGGAAACUUCAGAUACUUCAUUUACUCCAGAGUGCCCAGAGAUUCCCCAAUCGGAAAGGAUAGACUGCACACCUGACCAGCAGGUGACCGAGGAUAUCUGCAGAUGGCAAUAUAAGUGCUGCUGGUCGCCUGUGGCAGAUGCCAAUGUCCCUAGGUGCUUCUUCCCCUGGAACUGGGGCUAUGAAGCCAGCGAUGGCCAUACAAAUACAAGCACAGGAUUUACUACCCAGUUGAAAAGGUUGCCAUCACCAUCUCUGUUUGGCAAUGAUGUCGCCACCACCCUUUUCACAGCUGAAUAUCAGACAUCCAAUCGGUUUCAUUUUAAGAUCACUGACUUUAAUAACAUACGCUAUGAAGUUUCCCAUGAAAAUAUUAACCUGGUUGAUGGGACUGCUGAUGCCUCCAAUUUGAGCUAUUACGUGGAGGUUACUGAUAAACCUUUCAGCAUCAAAAUAAUGAGGACAAGCAACAGAAGAGUCUUGUUGGACACGAGCAUCGGGCCCCUCCAGUUUGCCCAGCAGUACCUGCAACUGUCUUUCCGACUCCCCAGUGCCAAUGUGUAUGGGCUGGGAGAGCACGUGCACCAGCAGUACCGCCACAAUAUGACCUGGAAGACCUGGCCCAUCUUCACCCGGGAUGCUACCCCCACCGAGGGCAUGAUUAAUCUGUAUGGAGCUCAUACCUUCUUCUUGUGCCUUGAAGACGCCAGUGGCUCCUCUUUUGGAGUUUUUCUGAUGAACAGUAAUGCCAUGGAGGUUACCCUUCAGCCAGCUCCUGCGAUCACUUAUCGCAUGAUUGGAGGCAUUCUUGACUUUUAUGUAUUCCUAGGAAACACUCCAGAACAAGUGGUUCAGGAAUACUUGGAGCUUGUUGGACGGCCAUUCUUGCCUCCCUAUUGGAGUCUUGGAUUCCAGCUUAGCCGCAGGGAUUAUGGUGGCAUCAAUAAAUUGAAAGAAGUUGUCAGCCGAAAUCGUUUAGCUGAGAUACCAUAUGAUGUCCAGUACUCUGACAUAGACUACAUGGAUGGAAAGAAAGAUUUCACUGUUGAUGAAGUCGCUUACUCUGGUCUCCCAGAUUUUGUCAAGGAGUUACAUGACAAUGGACAGAAAUAUCUUAUUAUUAUGAAUCCCGGCAUCUCCAAAAACUCUAACUAUGAGCCCUAUAAUAAUGGAAGCCUAAAGAGAGUGUGGAUCUUGGGGAACAAUGGCUUUGCUGUUGGGGAGGGGUAUCCGGGACCAACAGUCUUUCCCGAUUAUACCAAUCCAGUAUGCACUGAGUGGUGGAUAGAUCAGGUCGCUAAAUUUCAUGAUCGUCUGGAGUUUGAUGGAGUGUGGAUUGAAAUGAAUGAAGUGUCUAGCUUACUCCAAGCUUCUGAUAACCAGUGUGAAUCCAACAACUUGAACUUUCCUCCUUUUCUGCCUAGAGUUCUGGAUCACUUACUUUUUGCGAGAACUCUCUGCAUGGACACGGAGUUUCAUGAGGGCCUUCACUAUGACAUCCACAGCUUGUAUGGCCACUCCAUGGCAAGAAGCACAAACUUAGCGCUGGAGACCAUCUUCAUGAAUAAUAGGAGCUUCAUCCUAUCCCGUUCUACUUUUGCUGGAUCUGGCAAAUUUGCUGCUCAUUGGCUGGGGGACAAUGCGGCCACCUGGGAUGACCUCCGAUGGUCUAUCCCCACUAUCCUUGAGUUCAACCUGUUUGGCAUCCCCAUGGUAGGUGCCAACAUCUGUGGUUAUACCAACAAUGUCACAGAGGAGCUCUGCAGAAGGUGGAUGCAGCUUGGAGCAUUUUAUCCACUACCAAGGAAUCACAAUGGGCCUGGGUUCAGGGACCAGGAUCCUGCUGCCUUUGGUGCCAAUUCCCUGCUGCUGAAUUCCUCCAGACAUUAUCUGAACAUCCGCUACACCUUGCUGCCCUAUCUCUAUACCCUUUUCUACCAUGCUCACACCCAGGGAGAGACGGUAGCAAGGCCCCUUGUACACGAGUUCUACCAGGACUCAGCCACGUGGGAUGUGCAUGAGCAGUUCUUAUGGGGACCUGGACUCCUCAUCACGCCUGUUUUAUAUGAAGGUGUGGAUGAAGUGAAAGCAUACAUACCUGAUGCCACCUGGUAUGACUAUGAGACAGGAGUGGCCAUCCCAUGGAGGAAACAGUUGGUGAAUAUGCUUCUCCCAGGUGAUAAGAUAGGACUUCAUCUGCGAGGGGGCUACAUAUUUCCCACUCAGAAGCCAAACACAACCACAGAAGCCAGCCGGAGGAAUUCCCUGGGACUCAUCAUCGCUUUGGACUAUAAGAGAGAAGCAAAGGGGGAGCUGUACUGGGAUGACGGUGUAUCUAAAGAUGCUGUAACUGAAAAGAAGUAUAUUCUAUAUGAUUUCUCUGUUACCUCUAACCAUCUACAAGCAAAGAUUAUAAAUAAUAAUUAUGCGGACACUGACAACCUCAUGUUUACAGAUAUCACAAUCUUGGGAAUGGACAAACAGCCAGCUAAUUUUACCGUCUUACUGAAUAAUGUCGCCACCUCCCAUCCAAGCGUUGUCUACAGUGCUUCCACAAAGGUGGUAACCAUCACUGAUCUGCAAGGACUGGUACUGGGACAAGAAUUCUCUAUUAGGUGGAAUCUUCCUGUCAGUGACCUGGAGAAGUUCAACUGCUACCCUGAUGAUCCAACAGCCUCUAAGGAGAGUUGUAGGCAGCGGGGGUGUCUUUGGGAGGACACAUCUACCCCUGGAGUGCCCACCUGUUACUAUGACACCAUCCCUAAUUAUGUUGCUAGUGACAUUCAGUACCUGAACACCAGCAUCACUGCAGACCUUUCCCUCCUGAUGGCCCCUGAGUCAGCUGCUGCUGCCGCCUCUGAUUCUUUCUCUGCAAAGAUCAGCUUCCUCCGCCUGAACGUGAUCUAUCACACAGCAACCAUGCUGCAGGUCAAGAUCUAUGACCCCACUAAUAAAAGGUAUGAGGUUCCAGUACCACUGAACACCCCUCCCCAACCAGCUGGUGAUCCUGAAAACUGUCUGUAUGAUGUCAGGAUUCAGAACAAUCCUUUCGGAAUCCAGAUUCAACGCAAAAACUCCAGCACUGUGAUUUGGGAUUCUCAACUCCCUGGCUUCACCUUCAAUGACAUGUUUCUCUCCAUUUCUACACGUCUGCCGUCUCAGUACAUCUAUGGCUUUGGGGAAACUGAGCACACGACUUUCAGAAGAAACAUGACCUGGAACACAUGGGGAAUGUUUGCUCGUGAUGAGCCACCUGCGUACAAGAAGAAUUCCUAUGGUGUCCACCCUUACUACCUGGCACUGGAGGAGGAUGGUAGUGCCCAUGGAGUGCUCCUGCUAAAUAGCAAUGCCAUGGAUGUGACAUUACAGCCCACUCCUGCCCUGACAUACCGCACCACAGGAGGGAUUUUGGACUUCUACAUUGUUUUGGGGCCAACCCCUGAACUUGUAACUCAGCAAUACACAGAGUUGAUCGGUCGGCCAGCAAUGAUUCCAUACUGGGCCUUGGGAUUCCAGCUGAGUCGCUAUGGAUACCAGAAUGAUGCUGAAAUCUCCAGUUUGUAUGAUGCAAUGGUGGCAGCCCAGAUUCCCUAUGACGUCCAGCAUGUAGACAUUGAUUACAUGAACCGGAAGCUGGAUUUCACCCUCAGUGCCAACUUUCAAAACCUCAGUCUUCUGAUUGAGCAAAUGAAGAAAAAUGGCAUGAGAUUUAUUCUCAUUUUGGACCCAGCCAUUUCUGGCAAUGAGACACAGUAUCUCCCAUUCAUUAGAGGACAGGAAAAUAACGUGUUCAUCAAAUGGCCUGACACCAAUGACAUUGUCUGGGGAAAGGUUUGGCCAGACCUGCCUAACGUAAUUGUAGAUGGAUCCCUUGACCAUGAAACUCAGGUUAAGCUUUACAGGGCCUACGUUGCCUUUCCUGACUUCUUUCGUAAUAGCACAGCUGCGUGGUGGAAGAAAGAAAUAGAAGAGCUCUAUGCAAACCCUCGAGAGCCAGAGAAGAGCUUGAAGUUUGAUGGAUUGUGGAUUGAUAUGAAUGAGCCAUCAAAUUUUGUGGAUGGAUCUGUCAGGGGCUGCAGCGAUGAAAUGCUAAAUAACCCACCCUAUAUGCCAUAUUUGGAAUCUAGGGACAAGGGCCUGAGCAGCAAGACUCUGUGCAUGGAGAGUCAGCAGAUCCUGCCGGACAGCUCCUCCGUGCAGCACUACAAUGUUCACAGCCUGUACGGGUGGUCCCAGACCAGACCCACAUAUGAAGCUGUGCAGGAGGUGACAGGACAGCGAGGGGUCGUCAUCACCCGCUCCACAUUUCCCUCUUCUGGACGCUGGGGAGGACACUGGCUGGGAGACAACACAGCUGCGUGGGACCAGCUGGGGAAAUCUAUCAUUGGCAUGAUGGAGUUCAGUCUGUUUGGAAUACCUUAUACAGGAGCAGAUAUCUGUGGGUUCUUUGGAGAUGCUGAAUAUGAGAUGUGUGUUCGCUGGAUGCAACUGGGGGCAUUUUAUCCAUUUUCCAGAAACCACAACAACAUUGGGACAAGGAGACAAGAUCCUGUGGCCUGGAAUUCAACCUUUGAGAUGUUGUCCAGAAAAGUCCUAGAGACCAGAUACACCCUGCUUCCUUAUCUCUAUACUCUGAUGCAUAAAGCUCACGUUGAGGGCAGCACCGUUGUCCGGCCCCUUCUCCAUGAGUUUACGGAUGACAGGACAACAUGGGACAUAGACCAUCAGUUCAUGUUGGGCCCUGCUAUCUUAAUCAGCCCUGUGUUGGAAACUAGCACAUUUGAGAUCUCCGCUUAUUUUCCGAGAGCCCGUUGGUAUGACUAUAGCACGGAAAUUAGCAGCAAAUCGACAGGUCAGAGGAAAACCCUGAAGGCUCCCCUUGACCACAUCAAUCUUCAUGUCAGAGGAGGCUACAUCCUGCCCUGGCAGGAGCCUGCAAUGAACACUCACUCCAGUCGACAAAAUUUUAUGGGAUUGAUUGUUGCUUUGGAUGACAAUGGGAAAGCUGAAGGCCAGGUGUUCUGGGAUGAUGGACAAAGCAUUGAUACCUAUGAAAAUGGAAAUUAUUUUUUGGCAAACUUUAUAGCAGCUCAGAACAUCCUGCAAAUCCAGACCAUACACAAUAAGUAUUUGAGUGACUCGAAUCCACUAAAAGUUGGGUAUAUUAGAAUCUGGGGUGUGAAUACCUAUGUGACACAAGUCAGUUUCACCUAUGACAACCAGCAAUUUAUGGAGACAAAUUUCAAGAGUGACCCUUAUAAUCAGACACUAACUAUUCAAUUGACUGAGAAGACUAUCAACCUGGAAAAGUUAACUGAGGUUACUUGGAUUGAUGGUGGUCCUGUACUUCCUACUCCAACUAAGACAAGUACCAUCCCAAUGAGUUCUCAUCCUUCUCCAUCUACCAAUGCCACCAGUUCUGAGACAAUCACCAGUUCUGCCAGUGCAAAUACUACCACUGGCACUACUGCUACUGUUCCUAUCACAACCACAUCUUUCCCAACAAGUACUACUAGUGUUACAACUAAUACUACUAUUCCUGAUACAACUUCUCCUUUCCCUACAAGUACUACUAAUGCUAGCACUAAUGCUACUGUUCCUAUCACAACCACACCUUUUGCAACAAGUACUAUUGGUGUUACAACUAAUGCUACUGUUCCCAAUACAACUGCCCCUUUCCCGACAAAUACUACUACUGCUAGCACUAAUGCUACUGUUCCUGUCACAACCACACCUUUUGCAACAAGUACUAUUGGUGUUACAACUAAUGCUACUGUUCCCGAUACAACUGCCCCUUUCCCAACAAAUACUACUACUGCUAGCACUAAUGCUACUGUUCCUGUCACAACCACACAUUUUGCAACAAGUACUAUUGGUAUUACAACUAGUACUACUGUUCCUGAUACAACUGCUCCUUUCCCUACAAGUACUACUAGUGUUAGCACUAAUGCUACCCCUGUUCCUAUCACAACCACACUUUUUGCAACAAGUACUAUUGGUGUUACAACUAAUGCUACUGUUCCCGAUACAACUGCCCCUUUCCCAACAAAUACUACUACUGCUAGCACUAAUGCUACUGUUCCUAUCACAACCACACCUUCCCCUACAAAUACUGCUGAUGCUAACACUAGUAAUACUGUUCCUAAUACCACUAUGCCUUCUUCUACAAGUAGUACUACUGUGAGUACUAUUGCUACCGUUCCCAUUUCAGUGACUCCUUCUCUGACAAGUACUGCUGAUGCCACCAUUAGUACUACUGUAAUUAUUGCCACUACUUCUUCUCUAACAGGUACUACUGAUGUUAGCACUAGUACUACUAUUAAUAAUAUAAGUACUCCUGUUCAAACAAAUACUACUAAUGCUAGCACUAGUACUAAUGUUGCUAAUAUAACUGCUACCUCUCAUACAAGUACUGAUGAUACUGUUUCUAAUAAUACUGUUCCAAUUACAGCUAUUCCUUCUCUUGCAAAUACUGGUGUUGACACUACUAGCAACAGUUUUUCCAUUAUGACCACUUCUUUCUCUGAAAGUACUAAUGCUAUGAACACUACUUCUCCUACAAGUACUGAUGUGGCUAGCACAAAUAAUGAUGCUUCUAUGACAAAUUUUCUGUUAGCUACAAUGUCUGCUGGUAAUACAGCUAGUGAUAGUAUUUCCAUAACAACUACUUCUUCUGGUAAUAGUGCUCCUAUUGUGACUACUCCUUCUCCAAGUACUGAUGCUACCUCUACAAGUAAUAAUACUAUUCCUGGCAUGACUGCUUAUUACCAGACUUCUCCUACCACUCCUACCCAUACUCUUACUUCUAUUCCUAGCUCUAUUACUCCUAUUGUGAGCAUGUUUCCAACAAGUAAUACAUUCACUACUGAUAAAAUUACUAAUUUUACUACCCCUACAAAUGCAAACACCAUUAUUUUCAACACUCUUGAUACAAAAAGUACCAUGAUAAUAGAUGCUACGGUCACUACUACCAGCACCAAAGAUAACACCAUGAGUCCAGAUACAACAGUUACUUCCAUAGACAAAUUCACCUCACGCAUCACACAGUUCACUACUCCCCAUUCUGCUACUACUACAACACUGGCCUUAAGCCACACCUCAUUAGCUCCUACAAAUCUUUCUAAUCUAGGCACCAUGGUUAUUACUGAUGCAGAUAACUCCAGCGUUACGGGUAACACUACACACAUUUCUGUUUCAAAUAUCACAACAGCCUCAGACACAAUAAUAGCUACUGGUCUAGAUUCACAAACUCCCCAUAUGGUAACAAAUUCUGUGGCUAGUUAUUUACCUAUUACUGCAACCAGUGCUACCACAGAUACUACAAAUAUUACAAAAUAUGCUUUAAAUACUACCACUCCUGACAGUACAGUACAUACCUCUGCUACUGCACCUACUUAUAUUGCAAAUGCCAUAAAUGCUACUCAAGUUCCAUAA